AUGCCGUUAUUUUUCGUCGUGAUUUUCUCAAGCCUUUUGGCUUUGGCUUACGGUAGCGUGGCUCCAGUCGCCUACACUGCACCAGUUGUAGUAGCAAAACUUGAAGAGUUGGACUCCUUUCCACAGUACCGAUUUGGAUACAAUGUAGCCGAUUCUCUCACCGGUGACUACAAGAGCCAGCAAGAACAACGAGACGGUGAUUUAGUUCAGGGAUCUUACUCUGUCGUUGAACCCGACGGCACCCGUCGAGUAGUAGAAUACGCUGCGGAUUCAGUCAAUGGAUUCAACGCCGUGGUCCGCAAGGAACCUUUGGUUGCUGCGGCACCAGCUGUUGUAGCUGAGCCUGCAGUGGUUCCCGCCCGCAUAUCCGCCGCUCCUGCUGUAGCCGUAGCAGAACCUGUAGUAGCUGCUAAGAUUGCUGCUCCCGUCGUCGCUCCAGUUGCCCGUUAUGCCGUCGCGCCCGCAGUUGCCCCUGCAACGUUCUACAGCAAUGCUGCCGUAGCUGCGGCUAGAUAUUCCGCUGCCCCAGUAGCUGCACCUGUUGUGGCUAGAUACGCCGCUGCUCCAGUUGCCGCCGCUCCAGUUGCCGCCGCCCCNGCACCUGUUGUGGCUAGAUACGCCGCUGCUCCAGUUGCCGCCGCUCCAGUUGCCGCCGCCCCAGUUGCCGCUCCAGUGUUUGCGAGAUACGCCGCUUCUCCUUACGCUGCUUAUACCGCCCCAGUAGCCGCUGCCCCCGUAGCCGCCCCUGUUUAUUCCGCCCGAUAUGCCGCCCCAGUCGCUGCUGCAUACAGCUACCCCGCUGCAUACACUACAGCGUUUGCCGCUCCUGCCCAAUAUGCCGUGCCCGCCUACUCAGCAGUUGCCGCCCCAGCUCGCCUCGCUGUUGCCCCAGCGACGGCAGUAGCUGCUGCUCCCGCGAAGAUCGUUGAAUCCUCCGCUGCUGGCUACCGAUACCCUUAA